AUGGAUUUGUCGAGUGCUUAUUAUACGCCGUACCCUUGUCCAGGUAUUAACAUCACUUCCGUCAUCAAUAAGUACAUCUGCCGUGGCCUAAUAUUUGCUCAAGACGUCACAAUCUCGACUGUGGUGCUCAACUUCCAGUGUCUUCUACUGUUCCUUAUAUCCCACACGUCUGCUAUGUACCAUCUAAUGUCGGAGGAAAUGCUGGCUCUAUCGAGAGUAGAAUACUCUACCAAUCGGCUAUCAGUGCAGAAGAAACUGUCUCUUUUGAUCAAACGCCAUUCUUUGUUACUCCAUAUAGUUGAAUGUCUAAGAACUCUGUACAACAUGCCAAUCGGAGUUAACUUUGGAACCAACGCAUUCUGCAUCUGCAUGUUCUUUUUCCUCAACCUCGAAGCUUGGAUCACGUUCGGUCCUCUUCUCGGGUACUGUUUCCUAGUAUUUUUCCUGUAUUGCUAUCUCUGUCAGAAGCUGAUAGAUGCUUCUGAAGUGUUUGAAAGGGCGGUGUACUCUUGCGGCUGGGAGAGCUACGGUUUGGAUGACAUGAAGUCCCUGCUUAUUGUUUUGAAGCAAGCUCAGCAACCGGCCUUGCUGCUAGCUGGAUACAUGAUACCAGUAAAUAUUUACACAUUUGCAACUGGUAUGCAGUUUAUAUACAAAUUUGUUACCACUCUCAAAGUUUGA